AUGUCAUUCUCCAAUAUCUACACUCACCGCAAGGUCGCGGAAACGGCGGCCAAGGGCUGCGAUGUCUGCUACCGUGCCACAAGUAGCGUCCUGGUCGCUCCCGAAAAUAAGGACUUUUUCUACGUUUGCCCCAGUCAUCUGAAAGACAAGAACUUCUGCUCACCUAUCAUCGACAAAGAGGCCGUUGAAGCGAAGAAGAAGAAGGCUCUCGAGGACGAGGUUGCGCGUGUGAAGAAGGAGUACGAAGACAAACAAAAGAAGAAGAAGGAUAAAGAAGAGAAGGACAAGGAGAAAGAGAAAGACAAAGACAAGGAGAAAGAGAAAGACAAGGACGACAAAAAGACAGAGGACGAGAAGAAGGAAGACAGCAACGGCACCGAAACGCCAUCUCCAGCCGCGGAAGAGGAGCCACGCGUAUUCGCACUUCAAAAGAACUUCUUCGGAGCCCGACUUGAGAAGAAGCGACAAAUGGAGAUCGCAAAGAGGAACCGGGAACGUCUUCAGCAACCAAACCUAUUUCCAUCAGUUCCGAAAGGCAUGCCGGGUAGUUGA